UGGUGUUAGGACUCGAGUUAUCUGAAGAGGACAAAACUUCACCCUCCAUCGGCAUAUUUCUUUCUGAGAUGUCCGACGGCGUUGUUGUCGCACCUGUUUCGAUAGCAGAGGAUGCUCGUGAAAAGCAGAGGCAAUCAGAGCCGGAGUCUUUGGGUUCGUCGGAUACCGACUCGGACACCGACUCGGGCACCGACACGGAGUCAGAAAAUGAACAACCUGAUUCUGACCAAGACCCAGAGAAAGAUAAGGUCCCUUCGUCACAUUCACCUGCGUUGAAAAGUGCCAAGGGCGAGGGACCCCAAAAACAGCCACAGCAAGAGACAAGAAGAAUUCCAACACAACCUAGAACCGAUGAAAACCUCCAUAUUCACCAUGUACUAGAGAGUUCCUGUGAAGUGAUGUCAUGCCAGUUCAACCCUGAGGGAACCCUGCUGGCUAUUGGGCUGAAUGACGGCACUAUAAAGCUGUACAACCCGGAGAAUGGAGACUUUGUGAAGAGGAUCAGAGACAGCAGCUGUUACUUUGCCUCGAUGCCAGUGACAUCCAUCAAGUUUUGUCGGAGUGGACAGUCACACUCCCUUCUGCUGGCUACCUACGCGAGUGGGCACGUGCGCUGCUGGUACGUGUGGGGGGAGGAGUGCAUGUGGAGUGUGAAGGAGGCGGUGGAGGGCGGUAAGGGCGAGGGCCCCGCCCAGAGGCAGACCCUCUGCAUGUCCGUCUCCUGCUCCAACGAGCAGGCCGCCUCCGGGGGCUCCGACGCCACCAUCCACCUCUACGACCUCGCCACACACCAGACGCUGCAGGUCUACAAAGCCAGCUCCACCAGGACACUGAUGGACGGCCACAGACUGAGGGUGUUCGCUCUGGCCUUUCACCCUGAGAGAGAGCGGGAGUUCAUAUCGGGAGGAUGGGACAACACUGUUCAGUUCUGGGACACCAGACAACCACAUGCUGUUAGAAUGCUCUCUGGUCCUCACAUUUGUGGCGACGCCCUACAGAUUGACCCCGUGACUCAUCAGAUCCUCACAGGGUCAUGGAGGACAGACAAGACCCUGGAGAUAUGGGAAUAUGGGUCAGCAGAGAAAGUGUCUGAGGUUCUCCCCGAUCCCUAUGGAAACAGCAAAAUCUACUCGUGCCACUGGCUGGGCCGGGAUCGCAUGGUGGCGGCAGGAAGCCAGUUAAACAUGCUGAAAGUCAUCAACCGCCACACUCUCAUGACGGAGUCCCGGUUCAUGGGUUUGUUGUCUGCAGUGUUUAGCUCUGCUGUUUGCCCUGCAGGGAAAUGGGCGGGGCUUAUCGCAGCCACUUCAGGAAACCGGGUGUGGCUACUGGAUCCAGAGGGCCAGAGGGUCAAGAAAAACAAGCAGAUUGACUAGUGUGUGUGUCUGUG